AAUGAGAGGUGCAGCACUUUGAUAGAUAAUAAUUCAAAUGUGUUUUUUAUUAAAGUCUGAGUAAACCGCUUAAGGGAGGAUAAAGAGAACAGAAUAUGAGAGAGUGAAACUCUGCAGCUCCAGGGUGCCGCAAUCAACUGCUUUUCCACAAGCUGGAAAUGAAAGAUUACUCAUGAAGUACAGAACAUCUGACGUUACAGUCUGAGAGGCCUUUGUCUCUUCAUCUGAAUGCCUCUCACGAUGGCUAAGCGGGAAAGCGGCAGCACCAGCCCGGUGGUGCGUCAAAUAGACAAGCAGUUCCUGGUGUGCAGCAUCUGUCUGGAGCACUACCACAAUCCCAAAGUCCUGCCCUGCCUGCACACCUUCUGCGAGAGAUGCCUCCAGAACUACAUCCCCUCUCAGUCCCUGACCCUCUCCUGCCCGGUGUGCAGACAGACCUCCAUCCUGCCUGAAAAGGGUGUUGCAGCACUGCAGAACAAUUUCUUCAUAACUAAUCUGAUGGAGGUGUUGCAGAGGGAGCAAGACUGCACCCGUCCCGAGGCCUCUAGUGGGCUGGAGUCAGCCGGUGCUGCUACAUAUGCCCCGCCCCUCUCCUGCCCUAACCACGAGGGCAAGGUGAUGGAGUUUUACUGCGAGUCUUGUGAAACAGCCAUGUGUUUGGAAUGCACAGAAGGAGAGCACAGAGAACACGUGACUGUCCCACUGCGGGAUGUUCUGGAGCAACACAAAGCUGCACUGAAGAACCAGCUGGAUGCUAUUCGCAACAGGCUUCCUCAGUUGACUGCAGCUAUAGAGCUGGUAGAUGAGAUCUCCAAGCAGCUCACAGACAGGAAGAAUGAGGCAGUGACGGAGAUCAGCAAUACUUUCGAGGAACUGGAGAAAGCACUGCAUCAGCGCAAGACUGCCCUCAUCACUGACCUGGAGAACAUCUGCGGUACCAAGCAGAAGGUGCUGCAGGCACAGCUCACUGCACUACUUCAAGGGAAAGAAAACAUCCAAAGCAGUUGUAGCUUCACCGAGCAGGCGUUGAACCAUGGCAGCCCCACCGAGGUGCUCCUGGUGCAGAAGCAGAUGGGGGAGCGGAUGGGCGCCCUGACCCGCCACGCCUUCCCUGAGCAGCCCCAUGAGAAUGGCCACCUGGACUGUCAGGUGGAGACAGAGGGGCUGCGCCGCUCCAUCCAGAACCUGGGAGUCCUGCUCACCACCAGCGCUGUGGGGCACACCAGUGUGGCCACUGGAGAGGGUCUCAGACAUGCUGUUGUUGGACAAAAUGCCACUGUUACAGUGACCACUAAGGACAAAGACGGUGAGCUAGUAAAGACUGGAAAUGCUGCACUGAGGGCUCAGAUCAGCGGUCCAGAUGGAACUGUCACCAAAACGGACAUAACAGACAACAAGAAUGGCACUUACGAGAUCGGCUACACUCUCCGCUCAGAGGGCGAGUUCUCCUUCUCUGUCCUGCUCUACGGGCAGCCAGUGAGGGGCAGCCCCUUCCGCCUGAGGGCCGUCAAACCCUGCGACGCCCCGCAGUCACCCGAUGACGUGAAGAGACGUGUGAAGUCUCCCGCCGGAGGUGGAGGGGGUGGAGGACAUGUGCGCCAGAAGGCGGUGCGCAGACCUUCAAGCAUGUACAGUACAACGAAGAAGAAGGAGAAUCCCAUUGAGGAUGAACUCAUCUACAGAGUGGGGACGAGGGGUCGAGAGCGGGGGGAGUUCUCCAACCUGCAGGGCAUCUCUACCACCAGCAACGGGCGAAUCGUGCUCGCUGACAGCAACAACCAGUGCAUACAGGUGUUUUCCAAUGAUGGUCAAUUCAAACUGAAGUUCGGGGUCAGAGGUCGCUCCCCUGGCCAGCUCCAGCGCCCCACUGGCAUUGCAGUGGAUAUGAAUGGUGACAUUAUUGUAGCCGACUAUGACAACAGGUGGCUCAGCAUCUUCUCUCCAGACGGCAAGUUUAAGAAUAAAAUCGGUGCAGGGCGGCUGAUGGGUCCUAAAGGAGUGGCCGUGGACAAGAAUGGUCAUAUUAUCACGGCAGACAACAAAGCCUGCUGCGUCUUCAUUUUCCAAUCCAACGGCAAGCUGGUGACCAAAUUUGGUGCCAAAGGAACAUUAGAGAGGCAACUUGCAGACAAAAGUACUGCAAAUACACAGACAGAGCCAAAACAGAGUAAAUCUGCCCCUGCCUUCAGUCCUCAUUUUGUGGCCAUAAACAACAAGAAUGAAAUUGUUGUGACAGACUUCCACAAUCAUUCUGUUAAGGUUUACAAUGCUGAUGGCGAGUUCCUGUUUAAAUUUGGCUCACACGGCGAGGGGAACGGCCAGUUCAACGCACCCACCGGUGUGGCUGUAGAUGGCAAUGGGAAUAUUAUUGUUGCAGACUGGGGUAACAGUAGGAUACAGGUGUUUGACAGUUCUGGCUCUUUCCUGUCGUACAUCAACACGACGGCGGAUCCUCUGUACGGUCCGCAGGGUCUGGCUCUCACGUCUGAUGGCCAUGUGGCCGUGGCAGACUCCGGAAACCACUGCUUCAAAGUCUACCGAUACCUGCAGUAAAAACUCACCGUGAUGGAAGAGUUAAUAUACUGUAAGCUCCACAGUCUUCUUUGGCAUUUCUUGUUUUCCUUUGCACAGGUCUCUGCACACAAAUUUCCAGCCAUCUAACUCAUGCUGAUGUCAGAAAACCCAGGGCUUCAUGAAGGUUGCAUCCCUAUUUGAGCAAUUUGCAUUGAUUUGUGUUAACAGUCCAUUCCUAAAUGAAUGUAUAUCGAACCCAAGCAAGUAAUAACACAGUCGCUGUGAAUGUAACAGUGACCGAGGGCAGCUAUCUGUGCUUUCACAAAAGUCUUUUUUUGAAAACCCUAAAAGCUGCUUGGAAAAAAAACCCUCCAUUAAAUUGCAGGGAACAAAAUAGUGGUCAAUAAAUGUUUUCCGGGCAAAUCAUUAAUGCAGCAGCUUAAGAAUGACCUACGGAUGGCGCUAUCUCACAUCAAACUGACCUUCGGUGCACUGACUUGCAGUACAUGUGUACGCAUUUGUAUCAUAUGGUGUAAAUCUGAUCGCCAUUGAUUUGCUGUAAUAUGGCUUUAGAGAUCCACUCUCUCUUAGUGCGCUGAAGCUCAAUAUUAAAGUAACCAGGCUGUCAAUGUGCUUUAAUAAAACUGCUUGUAGGUUCAUCGUGCCUCUGAUUUCAAAAGCUACGCCUAUACGUCACAUGGCCUUCUACAUAUCACUGACCACAACAGCACAAUUGACAUAUCGCAUGCAUUUUAUUCACGAAAAAAAAGGUAACAAAGCAAGUUUAUUUAUUUUGUAAACAAUGGUUAAUAAUGUUAUUUUUCAAAGUUUUGUUGUUUUGUUUAUCUGCGGUUCAAUGCCUUCAGUGGUUUUCACAAGGUGCGCAAAGCUAACGUGUUGUGAAGUACAGCUGGGAUUUUUUUAAUGCACAUGAUAGACACCUUGUCAUUAAAGGGAAUGCAUAUAUGUCAUAUGAAGACGCCGAGAAUAUGAACAUUAAAAAGGGAAAAUGAAGUUACACAGACACUGUUGCAUUUUUAAGUUGCCAAAUUUAUAAAAGAACAAUUUGCAGGGUACUUGCCAUAGUUAACCUUAUUAUUGAAGCAUUUACUACUGUUUUUUAAAUUAUUUUUAUUUAGUUUUAUUCCUUGUUUUCUAUGAAUGUAUUAAACAAAUAAAAAAUGAAUAAAUACUGCAUUAGAAAUGACAGUUUGAUCAUUCUGGCCCACAAAAGCAAUGAAUUCUGAAUCAGGAGAGCAUUUGUACUUUAUAUAGUGUCAUGAUUCUGGUUUUACAAACAUGUGCAAAGUGAAAGCCACUUGUUUAAGCCACUAAAUAUAGUAUUCUGUUGUAAAACUGUACAGUGUAUAGCAACAAUGGGACACGUGAAGCAUCUGAAACAGUAUUUAAACUGCAUCUCUUGAAGUACCCCUAAAAAUGAAGGUUGUGACAUUGAAAAGGUAAAGGUCAUCAUGUCAGAGGUUUUUGACUAUGUAACAGUGAACCACACAUACAGUAAAAAACUGAACUGAAAUGCUUCAGACUCUAUAGUUUCCAAUGUACCAAACAACUGUAACAGUCUCUUUAUGUCAGUAUGCACUAGAAAUAAAAGCACAUGAUUUACCAAGCCAUAUUA